UGCUUUCUCACUAAAAUCUUCAUCCAGCAAGAGUUAGAAGAGUCAGUUAUUGACAUUCCACCGAAUGUUCUGUCUCUGCAUCUCAAAAUUGAGAUUGAUUUGGAUACUAUUGAUGUCAGCAAUCUCAACAGGCAGUUUUUGUUUCAAAAGAAACAUGUUGGAAGAUCAAAAGCACAGGUUGCCAAGGAAAGCGUGUUACAGUUUUAUCCAGAAGCUAAUAUUAUAGCUUACCAUGAUAGCAUCAUGAACCCUGACUAUAACGUAGAGUUCUUCCGCCAGUUUACGUUGGUUAUGAAUGCUCUGGAUAACAGAGCUGCCCGUAACCAUGUGAACAGGAUGUGUCUGGCUGCCGAUGUUCCUCUUAUAGAGAGCGGAACCGCAGGCUACCUUGGUCAAGUAACAGUUAUUAAGAAGGGAGUGACAGAGUGUUAUGAAUGUCAUCCUAAACCAACUCAGAAGACUUUUCCAGGCUGCACCAUCCGUAACACUCCAUCAGAACCUAUCCAUUGCAUUGUGUGGGCCAAGUACUUGUUUAAUCAGUUGUUUGGAGAAGAAGAUGCUGAUCAAGAAGUCUCUCCUGACAGAGCUGAUCCUGAAGCUGCCUGGGAGCCAGCAGAAGCAGAAGCCAGAGCACGAGCAUCAAAUGAAGAUGGUGAGAUUAAACGUGUUUCAACUAAGGAGUGGGCUAAAUCAACUGGAUAUGAUCCAGUUAAGCUUUUUACCAAGUGCGGCACAGUAACUGGGUCAGAGAAAUACGUGCAAGCUGGUUCUCUGCAGUCAUGCCAGCAACAGGGGAAUGGCGUUGCAGCGCGUCAAGCAAACAGCCAUUGCAUUAUUGCACCGUUUCCCCAGUCUGACGUGGUUUCUUGCCAUAAGUGUGCUGCUGUGAGAAGCAAACAUGGAUAUGCUGGUACCUGGUGUUGA